AUGAGUGGUUCUAAUUUAAUAUGGCCAGAUAAAGCAGGGAAAAAAAGGAACAAGGAUAUACUAUGUCUAGAAGAUAUUCCUUACAAAGAUGAUAUAGAAUAUGCAAAUGAAUUAAAAACAUUGCCACAUAUUUCAUGUAGUCAUUGUGUUAAUAUAAGAAAGAGAAAAGUAGAGAAUGCGGGGUUUAUGUUUUAUAUAAAAUAUGAAGUACCUAUAUUAUUAUUAAAUGAAGAAGAGAAUACAAAAAAGAGUAAAAAUAAUAAAAGAAUGGAACCAAUUGAAGAGAUAUUUUUAUAUAAAGAUAAAAUAGAUUAUAUGCUAAAGUUAGAAAAGAGUAUGAAUAAGAAUAAUGUAGAUGAAAACAAAACAAGGAGUGAUAAUAAAGAUGAUAAAAAAAAAAACCAAAAAAACAAAAAAGGGAAUGAGGAAGAUGAUGAAAUAAAACAAGAUGAAUAUGAUAAUAAAGAAAAUAAUAAUGGUGGAGAUAAUAUAAAAGGUCAAUUUAAAAAAGGAAGUAAUUUAAUAAAGAAAUGUAUAGAUCAAAAUAUUGAUGUAUAUGAUGUUUUAGGUGUUGAAGAAACAGAUGAUUUGGAAACAAUAAAAUCAUGUUAUAAAAAAUUAAUUUUAUUAUUUCAUCCUGAUAAAAAUAAAGGUACAGCAUAUUUGAAUGAAAAGGAAAAAGAGAAAAACAAGAAAAAAAAAGGAAAAAAUAAAAAAACAAAAUAUAUGAAUAAUAAUACAAGUAAUAAUAAUAAUAAUGAGAAUGAAAAUGAAAAGGAUUUCUUAUAUUUUAUUGAAAAAUAUAAUAUAGAAAAAUUAACAAAUGAUGAAAAAAAAAAUAUUUUUUUAAAAAUACAAGAUUCAUAUACAAUACUAUCAGAUAAAAUAUUAAGAAAACAAUAUGACAGUUCAAUACCAUUUGAUGAAAGUGUGCCAACAUUAACACAACUAGAAGAAGCAAAAAAUUUUUAUACUUUUUUAAGACCAGUAUUUAAAAGAAAUGCUAAAUGGUCAGCUAUAAAACCAGUACCAGAUAUAGGUGAUGAAAAUACAGACAUAAAAGAUGUAAAAUAUUUUUAUGAUUUCUGGUAUAAUUUUAAUAAUUGGAGAGAUUUUUCAUAUCAAAAUGAAUAUGAUUAUGAACAAGCUGAAUGUAGAGAAGAAAGAAGAUGGAUGGAAAGAGAAAAUAAAAAAAUUCAAAAGAAAGCAUCUAAAACAGAAAAUCUAAGAAUUAUUAAAUUAGUUGAUCUAGCUUAUAAUAAUGAUCCUAGAAUUAUUGCUGAAAAUAAAAGAAUAAAAUUAGAAAAAUUAAAAAAAAAAGAACAAGCAAUGAUUGAAAAGAAAAAUCAACAAAAUGAAAAUCAUAACAACAUCAACAUGGACAACAUCAUCAAUAAUAAUAAUAAUAAUAAUAAUAAUAAUUUAGGUAGUCAUAAAAAAAAUAUAGAUAAAGCUUCUAUUAAAUUAUGGAAGCAUCAUAUUAAAUCAUUAUGUCUUACCAAAUUAUCCAAUCUAGUCAAUGCAGAAAAUAUUCAAGAAAAAUUAUCUCUCAUGUCCUUUGAUAAUUUAUGUGAAUUUAUUUAUGACAUUUAUGUCAUAUUAAAUUUUACAGUUCCAAAAAAUAACACAGAUACAACAACAACACUAGCAAAUAAUAUUAAAAAUAAUACUCUCCAUAAAAAAAUUUAUAAUCAUAUAAAUGAACCGAAAAAAUCAUUUCAAAGUCAAACAAGCACAUCAACAAAUAACAAUGAAAAUAAUAAUAAUAAUAUUUCUAACGAUGGAAGAACUAACACAGGAUUUAUAGCACAUCUUAAAAAUUUACACUUGGAUCAUAAACAAAUCCUAACACUAAUAGAUACAUUUAAAAAGUAUAUUCAAGAUCAUUCUUUUAUUAUAGAAAAUAAACUCAAUCAGCUAAAUAAUCAACACAAUUGCCAAAUUGAUACACACUCGAACAAUCAAUUUAUUAAAGAUGAAGACCAAACAGAUCAAGACCAAGCAAAUCAAGACCAAGCAAAUCAAGACCAAGUAAAUCAAGACCAAGCAAAUCAAGACCAAGCAAAUCAAGACCAAGCAAAUCAAGACCAAGCAAAUCAAGACCAUAUUCAUCCGAAUACUCAUGCAAAUAUGGAUUCACAAGAUAUUAUGCACAACAAUAUUUCAAAUAAUAUUCCUUACAGCAAUAAUGAAAAAAUAUAUCAACAUGUAAAAAAAGAAAACGAGGAAACCAACAUAUAUAGUAAUGAUUCCACACAAAUUAAUAUAAACGAAAGUAAUGAACAUGUAUAUGAACAUGUAAAAAAAGAAAACGAACAAACCAACUUAUAUAGUAAUGAAUCUACACAAUCUAAUAUCAACAUAUAUAAUGAAAAAAAUAAUGAAGAUAAUGAAUCGCCAAGUAAUAAAUGGAGUGCACAAGAAGUCUCUCUACUAGCUAAAGCGCUAAAAUUAUAUCCUGGAGGUACACGUAAUAGAUGGGUCCUAAUAUCUAAUUCAAUAAAAACUAAAAAUGUUAAGGAAGUUAUCAAAAAAACAAAAGAAAUGUUUGAAAAUGAUACACUAAAAAAUUUAGGCAGAAAUUUUGAUGAAACACCUUUUGAUCAUUUCAAGAAUCAAAAUAAAGGUGUUAUGAAAAAAAUUUAUGAUAAUCUAGACAAAAGGGAAUAUAAAUUAAACAAAGAAAAUAACAACCAAUUUGAAACGGAUAAUCUAAAUGGUGAUGAAGAAAAAAAGAAACCAUGGACACAUGAAGAACAACAUUUGUUAGAACAAGCCUUAAUGAAAUAUCCAGCUUCUAUACCAAUAAAGGAACGACUCAAAUUAGUAUCACAAGAAUUAAAAACAAGAACAGUAGAUGAAGUAAUCUUAAGAAUGAAAACCUUGAGGGCUCAAAUUAUGGCAAAAAAAUCAUCAAAGUAG